AUGAUGAUCAAACAACGCCUUUUCGUGGCCAGCGUGGCCAUCAUUUCCUAUACAUCUGCCUUUGUGGUGGAUGCCAAUCCGUUUCGUCGCAUCUUUGGCUGUGGCUCCAAGACGUCCCUGAAUUCCGAACGUCCCAAGAUUGCCAAUUCGGUGUUGGAUUUGAUUGGCAACACGCCACUGGUCCGAAUCAAUCGAGUGUCGGAAGGAUGCGUCGCCGAAGUCGUGGCCAAAUUGGAAUCUAGCAAUCCUGCCAACAGUGUCAAGGACCGUAUCGCCUUGAGUAUGAUUCGUCAAGCCGAAGCCCGUGGCGACAUUGCUCCCGGCAAGACCACCUUGGUAGAACCAACCUCUGGAAACACGGGAAUUGGAUUGGCCAUGGUCGCUGCCACUCUGGGAUACAAACUCAUUUUGACCAUGCCCGAGUCCAUGAGUAUGGAACGACGUGUCUUGCUCAAGGCGUUUGGAGCCGAUGUCGUAUUGACACCAGCUGCCAAGGGAAUGGGAGGAGCCAUUGCCAAAGCGGAAGAAAUUGUCAACUCCUUGGGUGCCGAUGGCAUGCUCUUGCAGCAGUUCAACAACCCUGACAACCCAAAGGUCCACCGCGAAACCACUGGACCCGAAAUCUGGCGUGAUACUGACGGAAAGAUUGAUAUCCUCGUGGGCGGUGUCGGAACGGGAGGAACCCUCACUGGAUGCGGACAAUACCUCAAGCCUCUCAAUCCCGCGCUCCAAAUUGUCGCCGUCGAACCCGUCGAAUCGGCCGUACUCAGUGGAGGAAAACCAGGACCACACAAAAUUCAAGGCAUUGGAGCCGGAUUCAUCCCCGGGAAUGCCGAUACCAGCUUGCUCGAUGAAGUCAUUCAAAUCUCGGGAGAAGAUGCCAUGGCACAAGCACGAACUGUCGCCACGUCCGAAGGUAUCUUUUGUGGAAUUUCCAGUGGUGCUGCCAUCUUGGCUGCCUGCCAAGUCGCCAAGCGUCCCGAAAAUGCCGGAAAGCGAAUCGUUGUCAUUAUUCCCAGUUUUGGAGAACGUUACUUGUCCACCGCCUUGUUCCAAAACUUGUGGGACGAAGCGGCAGCACUCAAACCAGAAUCUAUUGGGGCUUAG